GAUUAAAAUACCUAUGAAGGAACAGAGGGUUAAGUGAAAUCUAUCUUCCUCAUUCUAGAAAUUUCUGGCUGCUUCUCUAGUCAAUUUUGGAGCAUUUUAGAACAAGCCAUGGCAUCGGGCGCAGGUGCUAAGAAGCUGAGGGAAGAAUCCACUUGCUCCAUCUGCCUGGAUCUGAUGACUGAGCCCGUGAGCAUCAACUGUGGGCACAGCUACUGCCGCUUGUGCAUAAUGAGCCUCUUUGAGAACCAACCUUCUGGGGCAUCAAUUUUUGGGACAACUCACUGUCCCCUCUGCCGGAUGGCAUUUAAAAGGGAGAGUAUCAGGCCCAAUAAACACCUGGAAAACCUCAUUGAAACCAUCAAGGAGAUGGAGUGUGAAAGGGUGUGUGAGGAGCAUGGAGAGCAGCUCCACCUCUUCUGUGAGGAUGAUGACCAUCUCAUUUGCUGGCGCUGUGAGCGGUUACCACAACACAAAGGACACGUCACAGCUCUUGUUGAAGAUGUGGUUCAAGGCUAUAAGGAACAGCUUCAGGAAACUAUGACAACAUUGAGCCAACUGAAAAAGCAAUGUAAGAAUCUGAAAGUGCUCACACAAAAGGAAAUAAUCAACUGGGAGGAGAAGGUAGAGCUUCAGAGACAAACAAUCCAAUCUGACUUUAACAAUCUCCAUGAUUUCCUGUUUGAAGAGGAGAAGUACUAUCUUUGGAGACUGGAGAAAGAAAAGGAACAGACUUUGAGUAGUCUUAAGGAGGUGGAAGCCAACCUGGAGCAGCAGAGUCAAGAUCUUAAUAACUACAUCCUAGAACUAGACAAGAAAUGCCAGGGCUCAGCUCAAAACUUGUUGCAGGAUGUGAAAGACACCUUGAAGAGGAGUUCUGCAAUAAAGCUGGACUUGCCAGAACCUGUCUCUUUGAAUCUUGAAAUAAUGUGCAAUGUUUCCAAACUUUACUUUGAUGUGAAGAAAAUAGCAAAGAGCUAUCAAGUUAUCAUUACUCUGGAUUCAGAUACAGCUCAUAAAGACCUACGUGUGAGUAAGAGUAAAAGGAGCGUGAUUUGGGGAUACCACAAAAAGAAGAUUGACACUCCUGAGAGAUUUAGAGACUUACCCUGUGUCCUGGGCCAUCAGAUCUUCAACUCAGGAAGCUAUUUAUUUAAAGUGAUACUAAUAAAAGGAACUGAGUGGGAUGUGGGUGUUUGUCUGGAAAAUGUGCCAAGGGACAAUGACACACGAGAUCCCGAGUCUGGAUUCUGGGCCAUUCGAUGUUGCAAAGAGAGUCGCUAUGAAGCCCUUACAUCACCCCCAACUCCCCUUCAUCUUAAGACGGAGAUUCAUUUUAUAAGCGUUUUCCUGGAUUAUGAUAUUGGAUUGGUAUCAUUUUAUGACUCUUUUACUAACUCCCACAUCUUUACCUUCCCAAAGGCCUCCUUCUCUGGGCCUCUGAAAGCUUAUUUCUGUAUUGGUGAAGCCCCAGCAUAUAAGGAAGAGAAAGAAAUAGAGUGGAAGGGAGUGGAAGAAGGGACGAAUGAGAAGCAACAGGGGCAGAGGUUUAGGGGAGCUUGGACAGAUCCUCACAUAGCUCCCAUCAGCAUCAUGAUAGGUCCCAGGGAUCUCCCCAUUAUCUGUGAAAAUCCAAGUUUAAUUUAUGUCUCUUCCUCAGUCCCCUUGACAGUUUACUGUACCAUUUACGGUACCACCAGUGCACUUCUAGAUUUACAGUAUCACCAGUACCCUUCACUUCCUAGAUUUACGAUUUACGAUCUACGGUACUGCAAGUGCGCUUCUCUUUCUAGAUUUAUGGUACAGCUUGUACUCUUCCUAGAUUUACGGUUACACGAGUGCUCUUCUCUUUCUAGACUUAUGGUUUACAUUAUGAUGACUGCGCUUCUCUUUCUAGAUUUACGUUACCGCGAGUGCUCUUCUCUUUCUAGUUUUACGGUACCGGAAGUACUCUUCCUGUAUUUACGGAACAGCUCAAGCCACAUGGCCCAGCCAGGCCACCAAAGCAGGACCUCUCCUGUCUGA